CGCAGUCCGAUAUUGUACCGAUCCGGAGGUUGGUCGCUGCUCGCGUUCCGUGGUUCGCGUUACACCGGUUAGCAGGCAAGGAUCGUGGUUUACGUGUCCGGUGGUGAGAUCGCAUCGAACGUCUCGGCCGUUGUUUGUCGUCAGUUCUUCGCGGGUGUCGUGCAGUGCGUGUCCAACCGAAACAAAGUAGGGCAUAAAGCAUUGCGCGUGAUGGUGAUUUGCAUACUUUGUUGCCAAGUGCCGGUAACUUCCGAACAGCGCUAGUUAAUCGUGCACGCAGUUUACGCUGUCGGGGGACAUCUUCUGGAGACAUCUUUUAACCAAUCAUGCUUCCUACCUACUGACAUCCAUCGUACCGUACCGUUAAACGCUGAUCAUCCCUUCCCCGGGCCGUAACAGGUCGUCAGUCAGCUGAGCCUGUACUGUAGCGCUCACCCGAGAACCACCGAGAGUGGUGAAUCGACCGAAGCAACGUCAACGUUCAAAGCAGCAUCACAUCUGUCCGCCCGUAGAGCGAACUGUUACUCUUCCAACCAUUCGCUCAGUCAUCCCACAACAUCGCUCGGGUUCACAUCUAAGACUCGCGCUCGUCCCGCUUUGCUUUCGUUAGAAGAGUCGAGCAAGAAAUAGUUCCUCUGUAAAGACCCGGUGUGAAGUGUACUCGGCUGAAUGUGAGUGAAGUGCUUUGUGCGUUUGGAAAAGUGUGUUAAAAGAUAUUUAGAAAAGAUUGAUACUUUCAUCAUAAAUUCUCCCCAAAUGAGGAAAGUGAAGUGAUGAUCCCGUGCAGAUAACGCGACUGCCUUUCUACGGUCGAUUAAGCCGACUCUGUUUGUACAAUUUACUCUAAACAGACUCUGACAGAAGGGUAGUAGCUACUACUAUUAUUGUUUAUGAUAUCUUCCUGUGCGCUUAUCAUUAAGCUGAUGAUGAUAGUGAACUGAGAUUAGCGGCGAUUGCAAAGUGUUUUGUAUGCAAAAAGAGGAAAAAGGCGUUGCACAGCAUCGUGAGUGUUUGUGAGUCAGUGUGUAAUACUGUGAGGGAAGUGAACCGUUUCCUGGUACCGAUUGCGAUCGUUCGAUUGCGUUGAUUUAGUUUUUUUUCCUGCCGGUACGGUACAGACGUGGGUGCUGCAGCAGCUUUGUUUGCAACGUGCAAGCACUCCGAUUGAUUUAGCGAAUAUAUCUUCCUCAUCACAACACCGGAAGUAACUCCAGCGCAAGAAGGAAGAAAGCUUUGUUCCCGAAGACAUUACCAACCUUCGUCCAAGCAUGGUGCUGGUGCUGAACGGUGUGAUACAGGAUGAGCGUCCUAUUAAUACCCAUGCUCUGUUUCUGGAGCAUCCAGUCUAUCGAGAAACAGCCACACAGCUUCUCUCCAUACCGACAAAAACGGUUGGAGCUCCAGGACUACUGUACGUUUGUCAGCGUGAGAUGGCCGCAGUUGCUCCACACGAUCGUAACGUCAAUAUUAUUGGAUCCGAUGACGCAACCACGUGCAUCAUUGUAGUCGUUAGACACUCAGGAUCUGGAGCGAUCGCGUUGGCACAUCUGGACGGAAACGGUACGGAUGAAGCCGUAUCGGCAAUGGUGGCCCGCGUACAGGAACUCGCCUUCGGAUAUCCCGAAGGCCGCAUCGAGCUACAGCUUAUUGGAGGCUUCAGUGACCCGCAAGGCUACGCGGAGGAUCUGUUCAGUAACAUUAUGCAAUCAUUCCACAAACAUCCGCUGGAGAUUGAUUUGACACAGUCGUGCGUCGGCGAGCUGAACACGAUCGUGCGCGACGACAUUAACUGGCCGAUCAUAUACGGUGUCGGCGUGAACAUUAAGACGGGUGAAAUCUUUCCCGCCACCUUCCCGGACAAGGGCCCUGAUCUUCCGCUACGAUUGGCCCGCCAUUUCACUGGUAGCCAUCAGGUGCUAGACAUAUACGAUGCUGCGGUAGGAAUGCUACGGAUCGGACCAUUCAAUUACGAUCCACUGCGUGGGGUUGAUCUUUGGCUGGCGCAGAGCGAUGAGUUUAUACUGAAGCAUCUUUCCACCAGUCCGGAUGUGGAACCGCCACACUUUGCCAUGCAGGUUCGUGCCACACUUAGAUACAUACAGGACAAUCAGUUUCCGGCAGUUACCGUGUUUCGCAACAACAAUCCACACUAUUUCCGGCGGGACGAAACGACAGGUUGCUGGGCGCCGGUACGAUAUUAAACAGGCUGGCUGCUUCUUCUUUCGACAUUUCUUCGACUUUGACGAUACACCUUCGCGUCGUGUGUCUUUAGGCCACAAAUGACUAGUAGUUCGAUUUCGUUCAUCUUCCGACCCCAUUUAAAAGGGCCCAAAACAAAAAUUAGGACCCUUCUUGCUUCCGAUAUUUAUCAACAAAACUGUCCUGUGCCAAUAUGUUUUGCGGAGCGUGGCCUAGCAUCGUUAUUUGUCUAUAUUAUUCCAACAAUUUGUUACGUUACGUUUACUCUACUUUCUUGGAUUUGGAUAAUUAAGUUAAGGUGCCGAUUUGGUUCUGUUUGCUCACAACGGCUCCUGUUUCGCAUGCCGGAUUGUUUAGAAGGACUUUAGCUAAAAAAAACACACACACAAACACACCGCAAACUGUGAGCAAAAGGGGGUGCUUUAUCUAUGGUUCGUCUAACUUUUCCAUAGCUGGAAAAUAGAUAGGUUGGAAAAAAUGGACCUCCGGAUGUCGACAACCAUACCCGGACGGACGGAUCAAUGUGCUGUAAAGCAAAUUUCCCUUUGCUCGGUAUUGAACACUAUGCAGUGAUUGCAAAGCUAUUUAACAAACAAAUAAAUGAAUUUAAGUAUGUUCCAUUAGGAGGAUGGGUUUUGUU